AUGCCGUAUUUAAAAAUUUUAUUAUUUUUAAACUUUUUCCUUUUAAUUUUUCAAUAUUCCUCUUGUAUUAUUCACCGUGAUCAACGAUUACUAGUGGAAUCUAAACAAAAAUUUUUCCGCUUAUUUGGCUCCAAUAUUAAUUAUCCUUUAAUUAAAUUGACAAAAUUGGAAUUGAAAAAAUUUAAAUUGGAUUUGAAUUUAGAUGAAGAUCAGCAGCAAUAUGUUACAGAAAUUGUUAUAGAAAUAAAUGAAAUAAAAAAUUUUACUUUUUAUAUUUCACCAUUUAUAGAUCCUUGCAAUGAGCAAGGAUGGAGUAAAGUAUAUAACACAAAUAAUGCAAUUAUUGGUGAAAAUGGAAAAAAACAAAUGACAAUUGAAAAAAAUUACUUAUUGUUAGAGUAUUAUACUGAUGGAAUUCUUAUUUGUGGAUUAAAUGAUCGUAUAGGAGAGACACUUUUGACAAUUUUUCCACUCUUCUACGCUAAAAUAGAUUUUGAAGUAAAUAAUGAACUAUAUAAUCUUUUAAGUUUUCAAAAGAAAGAAGUGAAUAUAAACGGAAUAGAUACACAUUUUGGUCAUGGAGGUGGACUCCAUAAAUUGAUAAAAAUAAAUUGUUUUCUUAAUCCAGAAGGACCUAGAAAAUUAAUCAAAAAUAAAAAAUUUAUCGAAAAAGGGGAGAAAUUAUUAGGGGAAAACAAUUUUAUUGACAAUUCUGUAAUUAAUGAAAAACAUCGACAAUCAGAAUUGGAGGGAAUUUCGUAUAUAAAUAUUUGUUUGAAAUUUGAACAUUCGGGAAAAUAUAAAAUUAGAGUAAUGUCUUCAAAUAUUUGGAAGGAACCAAAAAUGGAAUUACAUUUUUAUAUUAAAAUUAAUGAAGAAAAUAAAAUUAAAUGUUUCUCGGAAAAGUUCAUAGAUUAUAAAAAUCAAAACGAAAUUGACUUCUUAACUCAGUUAAGAGAAGGCAUAAGGAUUUAUGUAAUUGAUUAUUAUGAGGAUUUGAAUGAUUAUAUAAAAUUGGAGAUGGUCGAAGAGUUUGAUCAUGACGAUUAUGAUAUUGAUAAUUAUACUAAUUUAAAACCUUUUUUUAAAGAGGAUUUUAAAUUUAAUGAAGAAGAAUAAAGAAGGUAAGAAACUAAAGAGAAAUGAAAGGAGAUUCGAAAGAAAAGGAUUUUUUUAUAAUUUUUAUCAACAAUUAACUAAAUCUAAAUUUUUAACUAAUGUA